AUGGGCCAGAUGCUCCGCCCACUGGCGGGCUUGGGCAACAAGCCGGGACAUUAUGAACCCCAGCCACUGCUUCUGAGAGGAGGAGACUCUCAGUGGACAUACAGCUGGUAUAAGAGUAAUGAGAGACUCACAAACCACACAACGCAAGAGUUCAAAAUCCGGUCUGUUGUAUACGGUCACCAUGGUGUCUACACCUGCAGAGGACAGAGGAGUGACUCUCAGAGCUCAGAGAUCAGUGAUGCUGUUACACUGACUGUAUCAGAAAAACCCACACCGACUGUGAGAGUGAAUCCUCAGAGCUCCGUCUACACUGGAGACACCAUCACUCUGACCUGUGAGCUGCAGUCGACUGGAUGGAAGAUUCAAUGGUAUAAAAAUAAUCAGGAGUUACAGCCUUUGAGCACUGAACAAACAUACACACUCAAAGUGACAGACGAUAAUGAUGGAAAAACAGUGUACCAGUGUUGCGCAUACAGGAGAAACUACUACUACACAGUGUCCUACUACUACACAGAGUUCAGUGUUCCUGUCAGGAUUACAGUGAGAGAAAAACCCAAACCGACUGUGAGAGUGAAUCCUCAGAGCUCCGUCUACACUGGAGACACCAUCACUCUGACCUGUGAGCGGCAGUCGACUGGAUGGGAGAUUCAAUGGUAUAACAAUAAUCCGCAGCUACAGCUUCUGAACAGUGAAGAAGCAAAUGCACUUAAAAUGACAGUCGAUAAUGCAGGAGAAACAGAGUACAAGUGUCGCGCAUGCAGGAGAAACCAAGAGAGUGGGUACUACUACUACUACUACCACUACUACUGCACAGAGUUCAGUGAUCCUGUCAAUAUUACAGUGAGAGAGAGACCAGGGGCAGUACUGAGUGUAUCCCCACAGAGCUGGCUGACUGAAGGAGACUCAGUGACUCUAAGCUGUGAGAUUACAGACUCCUCUACAGACUGGACAUUCAGCUGGUACACAGCUGUUCCCUACAGAGACGGCUUAACUCAAAUAAAAGAUAAUCAUGGCUAUAUCAUGUAUGUGGAGCUCCUCUCAGACAGCAGCAGAGGAUCUGGAGGCAACUACACUCUCAGUCCUGCUGCUCUUAAUCACACAGGAGUUUAUAUGUGCAGAGGAGAGAGAGGACAACCAGCCUUACACACACAGUACAGCAAUCCACAGCCACUAUGGAUCACUGGUGAAUCUCCUCCAGUCUCUCUGAUCAUCAAUCCCAGCAGAACUCAUCACUUUAGUAAAGACUCUUUCUCUCUGAGCUGUGAGGACCAGAAUGGUGAUGUGAUCCUGGAGAGUCCUGUCCAUCCUGUGACUGAGGGACAUCCUCUGACUCUACGCUGUUUAUAUCGCUACACAAAGUCCUCAAACCUCCGAGCUGAUUUCUAUAAAGAUGGAUCAGUUCUCCAGACACAGACUACAAGAGAGAUGAUCAUCCAAACUGUCUCAGAGUCAGAUGAAGGUUUCUACCACUGUCAACACCCAGAGAGAGGAGAGUCACCGAAAAGCUGGGUCUCAGUCAGAGCGUCAGGUCCAUCAGGUGUAGAAGCUCCAUUCUCAGUGCUCAUGCUGAUCAGUAGUGUAGUGACGGCCUCUCCGUAUCUGCUGGUGACCAUCAUUCUGCUGGUCAAAUGUUACAGACCUCGAGCUCACACUGGUGAAUACAGAAUCCAGAACGCAGUCAUAGAGGAGUGAGCAAAGUUCAUCUAUAAAAAGAGGAUCCGUUUAAUGUAGAAAUCAUUUCAUAAUUGCUUUAGAGUCAUUUUGUGGAUUGUAAAUAAUACUGAUCUGUCGCUUUAACAUCAUGCUGUCUGUAGCUCAGCAUCUUACACGCACUCGUCUUUCUGACUGGAUUUGUUUAGCUGAAGCCUGCAAACCUCCUCAUGAGGUGAAAGUGAACAUGUGUUUAGUCUCUAAUAAAGCCUACAUGUUGCUAAUGCAAAAACACGUGUGAAAUAAAUGUGUCUGCUAUUGGAGUGAGUUUCAUCCCAACAUGGUGACCUGCACAUUACAACCUCAAAACGCUUCAUGUUACAUUACUGAUGAACAUUUUGGUGUGCGUUAUUGAGAGCAGACUCGAGGUGUGUAUUUUAUAUUUGUUUUGACUUUUCUUUUCAGCUGUGUGAACUUUAAUUGAAGUUGUGUGAGGAGAUGUGUGGUUGGAUUGUUUUGUUCAGUUAAAACCUUCAAACAAAUGCACCAGUAUUGAUGAAGACUAUGUGCACAAUAUAUAAUAAGGGUUAUAUAUCAUUUUCUUCACUGCGUUAGUUAACCUGGUUGCAAUGCUGUGUGAAGUACAUGUAAUAUAAUGAGAAAACUCGGAGCAAAUACUCUUGUGCCUUUUAAAUAUCACCAUUUUAUUCUUAACAUUUUGUAUUUUUUAUUAUAGAAAAUAAAAAGAAUCUUUACCAAGACAAUGUGUACUUUAUUUCUCGCC